CGUGACGUCAGUUUGGCGCGGAGUUUGGCGGCCGGGGCUUACAGUGGCGGGAGUUGGAGGCAAUAACGGGUCGCGGUGUCAGGGGCGCAAGUUAACGAUUUCUGCUGCUUUUAGGAAGCAUUUUCAAGGCUAUCUCUUCACCUGAGCCUUUCUUCCUCGCCCAGAUGCUCUUCAAUUCGGUGCUUCGCCAGCCCCAGCUUGGCGUCCUGAGAAAUGGGUGGUCUUCACAUUACCCUCUGCAAUCCCUCCUAACUGGUUAUCAGUGCAGCUGUCACGAUGAGCACACUUCUUACGGAGAAACAGGAGUCCCAGUUCCUCCUUUUGGAUGCACUUUCUCCUCUGCUCCCAGCAUGGAACAUAUAUUAGCAGUUGCCAAUGAAGAAGGCUUUGUCAGAUUAUAUAAUACAGAAACACAAACUAUCAGGAAAAAGUGCUUCAAAGAAUGGAUGGCUCACUGGAAUGCUGUCUUUGACCUGGCCUGGGUCCCUGGUGAACUUAAACUUGUUACAGCAGCAGGGGAUCAAACAGCCAAAUUUUGGGACGUAAAAGCUGGUGAGCUGAUUGGAACAUGCAAAGGUCAUCAGUGCAGUCUCAAGUCAGUUGCAUUUUCUAAGUUUCAGAAAGCUGUGUUCUGUACAGGUGGAAGAGAUGGCAACAUUAUGGUCUGGGAUACCAGAUGCAACAAAAAAGAUGGGUUUUAUAGACAAGUGAACCAAAUUAGUGGAGCUCAUAAUACGUCAGACAAGCAAACACCUUCAAAGCCUAAGAAGAAACAGAAUUCCAAAGGACUCGCUCCUUCUGUGGAUUUCCAGCAGAGCGUUACUGUGGUCCUUUUUCAAGAUGAGAAUACAUUAGUUUCAGCAGGAGCUGUAGAUGGGAUAAUCAAAAUAUGGGACUUACGCAAGAAUUAUACUGCUUAUCGACAAGAACCCAUAGCAUCCAAGUUUUUCUUGUACCCAGGUAGCAGCACUCGAAAACUAGGAUACUCCAGUCUGAUUCUGGAUUCUACGGGCUCCACUUUAUUUGCUAAUUGCACAGAUGAUAACAUCUACAUGUUCAAUAUGACUGGCUUAAAGACCUCUCCAGUGGCUGUCUUCAACGGACAUCAGAACUCUACCUUUUACGUGAAAUCAAGUCUUAGUCCAGAUGAUCAGUUUUUACUCAGUGGUUCAAGUGAUGAAGCUGCCUAUAUAUGGAAGGUCUCUACGCCCUGGCACCCGCCUACAGUGCUCCUGGGUCACUCUCAAGAGGUCACUUCUGUGUGCUGGUGUCCAUCUGACUUCACCAAGAUUGCUACCUGUUCUGAUGACAACACAUUAAAAAUCUGGCGCUUGAAUAGAGGCUUAGAGGAGAAACCAGGAGCAGAUAAGCAUUCCAUAGUGGGUUGGGCCUCUCAGAAGAAAAAAGAGGCAAGAUCCGGCCUGGUAGCUGUGCCGAGCACCCAGAGCACCCCCGCCAAGGCGCCCAGGGUGAAGAGCAGCCCGGUGCUGUCCUCCCCAUCGUCCGCAGCGUGUGCACCCAGCUGUGCCGGGGACCUCCCGCUGCCCUCCAACACCCCCACGGCCCCCAUCAGAACCCCGCCUGCCAAGGCACGCUCCCCCGGCAGCAGGAGAGGCACGGUUUCUUCUGCCUCCCCCAAGCCGCUGUCAUCUUUCAAGAUGUCACUUAGAAACUGGGUGACCCGAACGCCUUCCUCGUCACCGCCCAUCACUCCACCUGCGUCUGAGACCAAAGCUGCAUCCGUGUCGUCUCCAAGAAAAGCCCUCAUCCCCGUGAGCCAGAAGUCGUCGGGGGCAGACUCGGGCUCUGAGUCCCGGAGCAGGGUGAAGCGGCGGCUGGACUCCAGCUGUCUGGACAGCGUGAAGCAGAAGUGUGUGAAGAGCUGCAACUGCGUGACCGAGCUCGACGGCCAAGUGGAACACCUCCACCUGGAUCUGUGCUGCCUGGCGGGGAACCAGGAGGACCUGGGCAAGGACAGCCUGGGGCCCGCCAAGCCGGGCAAGGCCGAGGGCGCCGCCCCGAGCACCUCGGAGCCGCCCUCCCCGGUCAGCCCCUAUGCAGCCGCCGAGGGCUGCGCCGCGCUCUCCCUCCCGCUGCGGCCGUGCACCGAGGGCUCGGAGGUGGUGGGCAAGGAGAACAGCUCCCCCGAGAAUAAGAACUGGCUGUUGGCCAUGGCAGCCAAGCGGAAGGCCGAGAACUCCUCCCCGCGCAGCCCCUCUUCCCAGACAGCCGCCUCCAGGAGGCAGAACGGGAAGACCUCACCGGGCCUGGUCACCAUCACUCCCAGCUCCAUGAGGAAAAUCUGUACGUACUUCCACAGAAAGUCCCAGGAUGACUUCUGCAGUCCCGAACACUCAACGGAAUUAUAGCUUCUGACUCAAGUGGGUUAACUGAACUCUAACCCCAAAGGAAAAGGAAUGACUCUUUCUGGUCUUCAUGAAGUAAAUUUGUUACUCAGCAGCAUUUUGAAAGAAGAGUCUUCGCUUUUUAAAUUACCCUUCCUUGCUCCAGGGAAGACAUAACCAGUUCACGGAGCCAAAAGUACGGCCCACACCCGUCCUUGGUCCCGACGCUGGUGCGCACAGUGGAGCGCGCCCCAGAGAGCUUGCGUGGAGAGCACAUAGGGCCGUGGCCGCUGGAGGAGUCCCCCGUGGACAGCCCUGCCUCCGCCCGUCCUCACCAGCAUCAUCAUAUUUGAAAUAUAUGAUCUUUCUCUGUGCUUUUGUGUGUUUUUUAAGUAUGUAUAAAAAUGUGACAUUCAGAUAAGUACAUUUUAUACUGGUUCAGUGUUAAAAUAUAACCUUUUGAGCUAAAGUCAUCUUGCCUUUACAUGCAAACUGUGAGGAAGAGGACAACAGAAGAACUCUGGGUUUGUCUUUUUUGCCAAACAGAACUCCCCUCGGAAACUGCAGGUUCCCAUAUUUUUCCUAAGCAGUCCUCUUAGCAACCCAGCCUUACUUCUGUAGGUUUUGAUUUUGCUACUUACUAGAGGAAGAUGUUUUAUAAAAUCAGUAAUCAGACACUAAAGAAGGGUUGGGCUUGAAUUUAAGUGCAGUCCUCAAUUCUCUAGAAGCUGCAGUUUUUUUAAAAGUCAUCAGAUCUUUUUUUUUUUCUUUUUUCUUUUUUCUUUUCGUCCCAGGGAUCAAACACAGGGCCUUGCACUUAGCAGGCAAGUGUUUGCACCCCUGAGCUAAAUCCCCAGCCCUCAGAUUUUUUUAUUUUUAUUUUUUUUUUGGUCUUUUUCAUUUUUUAUAGGUACCAGGGAUCGAACUCACGACUGCCUGCUUGCAAGGCAGGUGCUUAUGCCGCCGAGCUAAAUCUCCAGCCCUCAAAUCUUAAACUUAAUAACUUUAUAAAAGAUUAAUAAUCUUAAGAGUUGAAAAUCCAGAACCUAAAAGUAUAAAUGUUGGCUUUCUUGUUAUGUUUAUAAAAACAAUAGCUUUCCACUGUACCCCUGAGCAAAAAACACAAAACUUUCUCCAGAUACUACUUAAAACAGAGUGUAUCAACUGCAAAAUAUCUUAAAGGUCUCCCUUAAAUAACAACUCACAUGGGUCAUUUUGGAAUAAGCUUGUUACAUAGUUUCACUUUGUGGCCUCUUGAAAAGCUUUACUUACUAUGUACUGGGAUGAGUUCUCCUCCAAUGAUGAAACUUGAUUCAUUUUCUUCAUAUCCCAAAGCACUGAUAGACUUUACUCCUAUCUUAAAAUCUAUUAUUAAUGAAAACUUGUCAUUCGUUUGCAGUCUUGAGUUUGUAACUACCAUGACUACAUAUGUUAAGCAUAGGCUCUCCAUGGCUUUAUCCAAGGAGAAAGUUAAAAGGAAGUCGGAAUUACAGUGAUCAAAGCCAAGCACCCCAUAGCCCUAACUGACUGUUCAGGAAAUGUACUGACAUUUGGUGUUUGGUUCUUAAGUGUUAGCCAUGUGUUAUUUAUGACCAAUUCCUGCCAAUAAUGCUGUCUGUUGUUUUGAAAGCCACUGUGGGGUGAGGGGAGGGCCAUGAUAAAGAAGGACCAGUUGAGUAGAGUUUGGAAUUGUGUUUGUAACUCUGCACCUCUUCUGAUAGUGCUUGGAGUGAAACUGGGGUAAACGUAGCUGUCCAAACCUGCCAAGUAUCUCACUGGGUACCACAUGUCCUACUUGGAAAACUAAUACUUCCACUGGAUACCAAAAGUCAAAUGUAAUGAGACAGUGUGAUUAUUCCUGCCUGUGCUAGUGUCAGCCCUUGAGCUUAUCUUGAAUAAUAAAGCCUUUACCUUAUCUGA